GAAGAAGAGCGCGAGCCUCGCCAUGGCGGAAACGGAGCAGCAGUCAGGAUCCACUCCUGAAGAUGAAGCACCUGAAGUCGCUGCCGGCGCCACCUUCAUGGUGCCCAAGAAGGAGAUCAGCAUGGUGCCCGACAUGGGCAAGUGGAAGAGGUCUCAGGCCUACGCCGACUACAUGGGCUUCGUCCUGACGCUGAACGAAGGUGUGAAGGGAAAGAAGCUCACGUGUGAAUAUAAAGUGUCUGAGACAAUAGAGAAGCUGUUGGAUCUUCUGGCGACUCUGGACCGGUGGAUCAACGAAACCCCUCCGGUCGACCAGCCGUCGCGCUUCGGUAACAAGGCCUACCGGACCUGGUACUCCAAACUGGACCAGGAGGCCGAGGCUUUGGUGUCGGCGGUGCUGCCGGCCGAACGAUGCGCAGCGGCUCCAGAGAUCGCCGUCUACCUGAAGGAGUCGGUGGGGAACCCGACCCGGAUAGACUACGGAACCGGCCAUGAAGCCGCCUUCGCAGCGUUCCUCUGCUGCCUCUGUAAGGUCGGAGCUCUGCGAGUGGACGACCAGCUGGCCAUCGUCUUUCAGGUUUUUAACCGGUACCUGUCGGUGAUGCGGAAGCUGCAGAGGACCUACAGGAUGGAACCGGCCGGGAGCCAAGGAGUCUGGGGUCUGGACGACUUCCAGUUCCUGCCCUUCAUCUGGGGAAGCUCCCAGUUCGUAGAUCAUCCGACCCUGGAGCCGCGACACUUCAUCGACGAGAGGGUGGUGAACGAGCAGCACCAGGACUACAUGUUCCUGGAGUGCAUCAAGUUCAUCAACGAGAUGAAGACGGGUCCGUUCGCCGAACACUCCAACCAGCUGUGGAACAUCAGCGCCGUUCCUUCCUGGUCCAAAGUCAACCAGGGCCUGAUCAAAAUGUACAAGGCCGAGGUAGGUCUGCAUCCGGCCCUCGCUGAGGAGCUUCUAGCUGCUUUAAUGAAGAGUUAAAAAACCCACAUGGAGGUGGAAAGAACCUGAUUCCAAAAGCACAACACUGUGAAAGAGUCAUACAUUUGACAACCAGUCAGAGUCCAUUUGAGUCUCCGUUUGAGUCCUGCAGAGCGUCCUGUAUCCAACGUGGAGCAGGUAAAAUAAAACACUGAUGUGAUGUUUAUUCCUAAAGUUUGGACUCUCCGGGUUUCUGAGUUUCCUCAACCGUGACCAACAUGGAGGCUCAUCUGCUCAGUGGUGCAGAUUUCUUACACAGAUUUCCACAAACUGAGAGCAAACCUACUGGUGCUGCUUCAGUUUACGAGCAUUUAAAACCAUUUUAAUGAAACAAACUGAGGGAUGAACUGUUUCUGAUCAACACAGACGGAUGUUUCACACUUUUAUUUCCCACUGAGGCCAAACUCUUAAGGACAUAUUAAUUAUUGUUUUCCAGACUCUGCUUCAGGGUGACCUGUGGCAGCUUCCUAGCUUAGCUGCUAGCCGUUAGCGUAGCAUCAGCCACUGUUAAGGCAGCUAAUGUCCUGGUUUGUGGAGAUGUUUGUGUUUCUUGUUCGGUUUUUGAAUGAACAGAGUUAAUCUGACUCCAGAAACAUGUUACAGUGCUACAGCUAGCGUUUGCCGCUAGCUAAGAGGCACAGCUGACCUCUUAGCAUUAGCCUAGCAUCUCCAGCAAAAUAAGUUCACUGGCGCCAGCAAGUGAAUUAUUCUGACGUUUUCAGUGUAAAGUUGUGUUUAUUACAACUUCACCAACUCCUGUUAGCUCACUGUUGCUUUGCUAACGUCUGUCUCUCUGUGUAAACAAUUGCCUUCAUUGUUGAUUGGCUGUUACUUAAGACAUGAAGCAGCCAAUCAGGUAGAGUUGUGGGCGGGGCAUUGUUGAGGUCACAGAGUCCCACCAACAAAGAGUAGUGCUGCUAAUUAACGUAAUGAUUAACAGUUAACGAAAAUAAUACUGUCAAUACAAGUCAGGCAUGUAGUGUAAAUAUGUAUAUAAAAGACAUAUUCUGUGGCGUUAAGACUUAUUUUCUAUACGUGUAGCUUGUCGAUAUG